GACUCGCGCCGCACAAUAAGCAGCCCCCGCAGUUGCUGCACGGACGUCUCCUCCACCGAGCGCAGCCAUCUGAAACAGCAAUGGUCUUCUUUUCAAGAAUUCAUAUCUGGCUUACACUACUGGUUGCCAUACCUAGUACAAAAUCAAAUGAUGAAGAAACUGCUUCAGGACAAGAUUGGGAUCCAGAGCUGCAAGGACUCAUCACACCAUUAUUAGAAAGUUUAGUAGCUGUAACUGGAACCCACCGUGGCCAAAAGGUUAUGCGUGUACCACCAACAAGGGAUGUGUCAGAAACAGAUCUCUAUUUACUUGGGGCUAUAGAAAAGCUGGCAUACCGCUUGGAUUUCAUGGAUAAGAGGAUACGCAGAGUAGAGGAACUUAUUUACUAUGUUAUGGACAGUGCAGGACAACAUGCAAAUCAAGGUAAAGAUCCUUGCCCCAGAAAUUUCACACGCAUUAAAAACAACUGUUAUCACUUCAGCAGUAACCAACUUAAUUGGAAGGCUGCAAAUUCAGCUUGCAAGGGACUGGAUUCAAAUUUAGCAGAAUUUGAGACUAUUGAGGAGAAUCAAGAUAUUGUCACUUCUAUACUGGCACACAAAGAAUACAAAGGAAAGGAUUACUGGACAGGUGGUCUCAAUCCUGGAUUGCUGUGGAUAUGGGCUAAUUCAGCACGUCCUCUGUCUCCCAAUUCAUCAUCGCCCAAUACAACUGCAUCCUAUAUACAAGGAACUGGUCGCUGCCUUAAGCUGGCAUACAGUCCUCCUCUGAGAUCAUACAAUUAUCGAGGAAUGGACUGUGGUCUAAAAUCACACUUCAUAUGUGAGCAUGAAGAAAAUUCUACUAGUAGAGCUUUAGAAAGAAUAGCAAAAUCAUUGAAACAUCAUGGAAAUUCAGACAUAAGGUACAACAGCUGAUGGACUCAUUGUAGUAAUGAAAAGUUGGUGUAAUUUUUUUAUUUUUUAUUUUUUUCACUCAGUAGUGCAACACUGCUGCAGUUUGAGCUUACAACAGAUUGUGUUACUAAUAUUAAAUAUCUGAAUAGGAAAUACUGAACUACAUCAUUCAUAAAUAUUUACACAUUAAACAUAUUUUCUCAAGAUCCUUCAGCAUGGAUUUUAUGGCAUCCUGUAUAUUGGUUUCAUUUGAUCCAUAUCCACUGGAAAUAAAUUCUUUCUGCAGAUCUGAAAAUUUUAAAUUCCAGUAUCAUAUAUGUUUUCAUUGUUUAAUGAGUUUAGUGAAAUGAUGUUAUAA